AAGGUAGAGCAGGGACCUCUUACCGUCGUCCCAUCUUUCCGGGCGUUUUCCGAUAACGAACAUUUGGGAGAGGACGGAGGGCGCGAAGGCAAAUAAAAAUUUGUUCCGGUAGGAACACAAAUUGUCGGUUCUGUGUUUGCGGAGGCAUUUUCAUCGGACCUGUACGGGACCAACUUCCGGCUCAGACAUCUCAUUCUUUGCAGUUUCUGGCUCCGCUCCUUCCGCCCAGAAUUGCUCUAGGCUUGUGCUGUGAGCAUCUACUUCCGCCAGGAGUACUUUGAGGCUUGGGCUUGAAAUUGUCUCCUUCUUUCCUUGGCACUGGGUUCCUUAAGCCCGCCCAUUGGAGGCCGGGCCCCCCGGGUGGCGGCGACGGCUGCUGGGCCUGUUGCAGAGCGUUUUCUGUGGCAGAGUCCUGGGCCUGGUGAUAGGGAGGACCGGUAGCGACCCCUGGGCCUGACCCAGCCCCAGUCUUCCCGCAGCUGGUGACGGUGGCCCUCGGCCUUGCUGCGUGCACUCCAGCUUCGGGCGGGGCAUCCCUCCCCGGUUCCCGCCCCACCGGCCUGCCCAGAGCCUGGGUAUUCUCCUCAACCCUGCGGUGUUGUAACCGCUUUGCAUCUCCAGGACUCGCCAGUCCCCUGGUUCCCGCCGCUGGAGGAACAUGGAGUUUGCAGAGCUGAUUAAGACCCCACGGGUGGACAAUGUGGUGCUGCACCGGCCUUUCUAUCCGGCCGUCGAGGGGACCCUGUGUCUGACGGGCCACCACCUGAUCUUGUCUUCCCGACAGGACAACACAGAGGAGCUGUGGCUAAUGCAUUCAAACAUCGACGCCAUCGAUAAGCGAUUUGUGGGAUCACUGGGUACCAUCAUCAUAAAGUGUAAAGAUUUUCGAAUCAUUCAAUUGGAUAUUCCUGGAAUGGAGGAAUGUUUGAAUAUAGCCAGUUCUAUUGAGGCCUUGUCUACUCUGGACUCCAUCACUCUGAUGUACCCUUUCUUUUACCGGCCCAUGUUUGAUGUGAUAGAAGAUGGUUGGCAUUCCUUCCUUCCUGAGCAAGAGUUUGAACUGUACUCUUCAGCUACCAGUGAAUGGAGGCUAAGCUAUAUCAAUAAGGAGUUUGCUGUCUGCCCCUCCUACCCACCGAUUGUCAUAGUACCCAACUCCAUUGAUGAUGAAGCUCUAAGAAAGGUAGCUACAUUUCGACAUGGAGGACGCUUCCCAGUACUAAGCUAUUAUCAUAAAAAAAAUGGAAUGGUAAUUAUGCGAAGUGGUCAGCCACUCACUGGCACAAAUGGGAGACGGUGCAAGGAAGAUGAGAAGCUGAUAAAUGCUACCCUUCGGGCAGGAAAACGGGGCUACAUCAUUGACACCCGAUCGUUAAAUGUGGCUCAGCAAGCUAGAGCCAAAGGAGGCGGCUUUGAACAAGAAGCUCAUUAUCCCCAGUGGAGACGAAUUCAUAAGUCCAUUGAGAGGUAUCACAUUCUGCAGGAGAGCUUAAUUAAACUUGUGGAAGCUUGCAAUGACCAAACACAUAGCAUGGACCGAUGGCUUAGUAAAUUGGAGACCUCAAACUGGCUGACUCACAUCAAAGAAAGUCUGACAGCUGCCUGUUUAGCAGCUCAGUGUAUCGACAGGGAAGGAGCAUCAAUAUUGAUUCAUGGAACAGAAGGAACUGAUUCAACACUUCAAGUUACCUCCCUGGCUCAGAUUAUCUUGGAACCAAGAAGCAGGACCAUCCGUGGUUUUGAGGCCCUGAUAGAAAGAGAGUGGCUACAGGCUGGUCACCCAUUCCAACAGCGCUGUGCACAGUCAGCCUACUGUAACAGUAAACAGAAGUGGGAGUCACCUGUAUUUCUUCUCUUCUUGGACUGUGUGUGGCAGAUCCUUCGUCAGUUUCCUUGUUCUUUUGAAUUUAAUGAGCAUUUUCUCAUCGUGCUCUUUGAGCAUGUUUAUGCUUCACAGUUUGGAACAUUUUUGGGCAACAAUGAAAGUGAAAGCUUUCUCUGUUACACCAUAGAAACUGCCCUAAGAUUCAGAGCGACAAACUAACUUCACAACUCAAACACCAUCAAGUUUUUAAGUCUAUGUAGAAGAUUUACAUCAGAAUGAUCUUUAAAGGUGCUUAACUGAUAAUCUGGUUCAGAAUUGGAAAAGGUGCAGCAAGGUUGUAUGCUUUCACCUUACUUAUUCAGUUUGUAUGCUUAACAAAUAAUCUGAGAAGCACGGUAUAUGAAGAAAAAUGUGGCAUCAGGAUUGGCGGAAGACUCAUUAAGAGCCUGAGAUAUGCAGAUGGCGCAACCUUAUUUGUCGAAAAUGAAGACAGUUUAAAGCACUUGCUGAUGGUCAAAGACUACAGCCUUCACUAUGAAUUACACAUGAAUGUGAAGAAAACGAAAAUCCUCACAACUGGCAAAUAAACAACAUCAUGAUAAAUGAAGAAGAAAUCGAAGUUGUUAAUGAUUUCAUUCUACUUGGAUCAGCAGUCAACAUCCAUGGAAGCAGCAGUCAAAAAAUCAAAUGAUGUAGUCCAUUGGGCAAAUUUGCUGCAAAAGAUAUCUUUAACGUUUUAAAAACAAAAAUGAGUUAAGUACACCUGACUCAAACCAUGGUCUUUUCAGUUGCCUCGUAUGCAUGCAAAAGCUAGACAGUGAAAAAGCAAGACAGAACUGUGGUGUUAGCAAAGAAUAUUGCAUAUACCAUUGACUGCCAUAAGAACAAACAAGUUAGUCAUAGAAGAAAUAUGACUAGAAUGCUCCCUAGAAGCAAGGAUGGUGAGACUUCAGCUUGCUUACUUUGAACAUGUCAUCAGAAAAGACAAAACACUAGAAAAGGACAUCAUGAUUGAUAAAGCUAGAGAGUCAGCGAAAAUGAGGGAAAUCGUCAAUGAAGUGGAUUGACACAAUAGCCAAAGCAAUAAACUCAGACAUAACAGUUACGGUGAAGGUGGUACGAGACUGGGCAACAAUUCAUUCCUUUAUACAUAAGGUCGCUAUGAGUUAGAGCUGACUCUACAGCAGCUAACAACAGUAGCUAAUACCCUUCUCAUUUUUAUAGACUCAAUAGUCUUCCUCUGGGUGAGAUGCAGGAUUUGCCUUGUGGUUGGUUAAACAGUUUUUCACAUAUGAAAUGAGUGGAAUUGUUGCAUCUUUGCCAGUUUAAAAUUCAAGCAGAUAAAGCAAUACAUAUUUUUUACUGAAUUCCAAAGUUUUCAACAUUAGAGCUUUGUUUUCAGAAGUAGGAAAAAUAUGGAACUGUAUAAACACUACAGAAAAUUCCCAGUCAUCAUAGUUUUCUCAUUGUGCUUUGGCUAUAGCUACUGGAACCACACAUUAUUUAUAUGGAUCAGUUUGACUAGUAAGGAAAUUUGAUGAAUGCAUUUAUAAUUUAUAUUUAAUCUUUACUCCCGAGGGUAUUUGUAAUAAUAUGGAGUUGGGACAGUAUUGUUUUUAGGCAUGUUUAGGCUGAAAUGUCAUCUUAUAUUGACUGUAUAAAAUUAAACAUUUGUAAAAACAUUGAAAUGGCAUGGUGUGGUUUUCCUCUGGACUCUUUAUUCAUAGUUUAGAUUUAAAUGAAUCUUUGAACAUUGUACCACAUUUUUUUCAGUUAAUGAAAUUUAUUUUUGGUAUCAUUUUAAGUUGAUUUUCUAGUAAUGAUUAUACUCAUGAAUAUAUGUAAGAAUUAGUACAAAAGUAAUUUUUCUAUGAAGGUGGCUGUCAGUACAGGCAGGACCCUGACUUAAUAACUUUCAUUAUAUAAUCCAACUCUAUAAAAUACAACCUCAAAGUUAGAGUCUAAUAUAGGGUUUGAUGGAAGUUACAAAAGGUAAAACACUACCUGUAGAUUAUUUAAGAGUACAUGAAAUUUCCCAGAAGCUACUAGUUCUUAUCCACAUGGUGUUUGUGAGAAAUACAAAAAACAAAAAAUUUUUAUUAUUUAUUGUGCUUCAGGUGAAAAUUUAUAGAGCAAAUUAGUUUCUCAUUCAACUAUUUAUACAGAAAUUGUUUUGUGACAUUGGUUGAAAUCCCCACAACGUUUCAACACUCUCCGCUUCCUAACCUCGGGUUCCCCAUUUCCAUUUGUCCAUUUUUCUCCUGCUCUGUCUGGAACCCUCUGUUGUGAUCCCUGUCCGAGACAUCAGUAGUGGUAGUUGGGCACCAUCUAGUUGUUCUGGGCUCAGGCUGGUGGAGGCUGUGGUACCUGUGAUCUAUUAGUCCUUUACACAAAUAUUUUUCUUGUGUUUUUGUUUUUUUUUUUAUUCUUUGCUCCCGACGGGAUGGGACCAGUAGAUGUAUCUUAGAUGGCCACUUGCAAGCUUUUAAGACCCCAGACGCUAUUUACCAAAGUUGGAUAUAGAACAUUUUCUUUAUGACCUAUGUUAUACCAAUUGACCUAGAUGUCCCCUGCGUGGUCCUCAGCCCUCAGCCCUCAGCUCCAGUAACUCAGCCCCUCAGGGUUUUGGGAUGGAAACACAAAAUUUUGAAGUUUACUUAAGAGACAACAUUUCGAGAAGCAUUUUUGUUAGAAACAGUGUACAGUUAUUAACAAAAUUAACAAAGAAUAGUGGCAUUCUUCCUUUUGGGCACUGCCAUUUUCAACUCUUCCCUCUUUGCAGAGACCCCUUGUACUCAAGGAAAUUAUCUUUUUUUUUUUUUUUAAAUCUAUUCUGCCAAUUUCUUUUGAUUUGUAUGUUCUGUUUAUACUUAAUGUAAUUACUAAUAAAGGAAGAUUUACAUCUGUCACUUUUCUAUUUUCUUUGUGUCUUGUGUCUUUUUUGUUCCUCUCUUCCUCCUUUAUAGCCUGUUUUUUUGUUAAAUAGAUAUUUUCUAGUGUACCAUUUUAAUUCCAUUUUUUCCUUUACUAUAUUGUUUUGAGUUAUUUUCAUAGUGGUUGCCCUGGGUAUUACAAUAGCAUCUUAACUUAAAACGAUCUAGUUUGGAUUAGUACUAACUUAAAUUCAGUAGUAUACAGAAACUUUGCCUGAAUGUAACUCCAUUUUCUCCUUCCUCCCUUUGUGCUAUUAAUGCCAUACAAAUGACAUCUUUAUACAUUAUAAACCAAUCAGCAGUUUUCUCAUUGUUGGCUUUAUACGAUUGUUUUUUAAAUGAGAUAGAAGAAGAAAGAGUUACCAACAAAAAUACGUUUUUACUGUCUUUCAGAUUUAUCUAAUUUCUUUUACUAGUGCUCUUUUCAAGUUAUUACUUAGUAUCCUCUUCAUUUCAGCCCGAAGGACUUCCUUUAGUAUUUUUUAUAGGCCAGGUCUGCUAAUGAAAAAUUUUCUCAGUUUUUGUUUAUUUGGGAAUGUCUUAACUUCGCUUUGAUUUUUGAAUAGUUUUGCUGGGUGUAGAAUUCUUUGUGAGCUGUCUUUUUCUUUCAGCACUUUGAAUAUGUCAUCCUCCUGCCUUCUGGCCUCCAUGAUUUCUGGUGACAAAUAAGCUAUUAUUCUUAUUAAAGAUUCUUUUUCUGUGAUGAAUCAUUUUUCUCUUGCUGCUUUCAAGAUCUUUUUCUUUGCCUUUCAACAGUUUGAUUAUGAUAAAUUUAGGUGUGCAUUUCUUUGAGUUUAUCCUACCUGGAGCUCUUUGAGUUUCUUGAAUAUGUAGAUUAAUGUUUUUCAUCAAAUUUGGGAAGUUUUCGGACAUUAUUUCUUCAAAUUUUUUUUAUGUCUCUCUUCUCUCCUUCUGGAACUCCUGUUAUGUGUAUGUUGCUGUAUUUGGUGGUCGCUCACAGGUUUCUGAGACUCUCUUGAGUUUUCUUCCUUUCUGUUCUGCAGACUGGGUAACAUCAGUUAACAUACCUUCAAGUUCAUUGAUUCUCCUGCCAGUCCAUAUCUGCUGUUGAGCCCCUGUAGUGGAUUUUCAUUUUAGUUAGUAUACUUUUUCCAAUCCAGAAUUUCUAUUUUGUUCUUUUUUAAAAAUCAUUUCUACCUCUUUACUGAUAUCAUUUAUUUGGCAAGACAUCAUUGUGAUACUGUACUUUUUUUUGACAUGGCUUCUUUAGUUAUUUGGAUAUAUUUAUAAUAGUUGAUUUUAAGUCUUUGUCUAGUAAAUCCAGUGUAUGUCCCACUCAGGAACAGUUUCCAUAUAAAGAAGAAUGCGGCAUUAGAAUUGGAGGAAGGCUCAUUAACGAUCUGCGGGAUGCAGAUAACAUAACCUUGCUUGUUGAAAGUGAAGAGGCCUUAGAAGCACUUACUGGUGAAGAUCAAAUACUACAGCCUUCAGUAUAGAUUACACCUCAACAUAAAAAAAAAAAAAAAAAAUUCACACAACUGUACGAAUAAGCA